AUGAGCGGCCGGCUCCUGCUCCUCGCCAUGCUCCCGGUGCUCCUGGGCCCCCCGGCUGCCACAGCGCAGAAGAGGAGCCAAGCAGUGUGCGAGGACGUGCUGGAGGCCGACAUCGUCUUCCUGGUGGACGGCUCAUCCAGCAUUGGCCGGAACAACUUCCGCGCCAUCCGCACCUUCAUGGACGAACUGGUGGGGCCCUUCGUGCAGGUGGUGGGCGAGAAAGCGGUGCGCUUCGCUGUGGCGCAGUACAGCGAUGAUCCACGGGUGGAGUUCCCCUUCUCCCAGCACACCGACGGCACAAGCGUCCGGAGGGCCAUCCAGCAGCUGAGCUACAAGGGCGGCAACACACGGACCGGUGCCGGCUUCCGCUACGUCGCUGACAACUUCUUCGGCCCCACACAGCUCCGGCCAGGGGUCCCCCAGAUCUGCAUCCUCAUCACGGAUGGCAAGUCCCAGGAUGAUGCUGAGGGGCCGGCAGCAAAGCUGAAGAGCCAGGGCAUCAAGGUCUUCGCUGUGGGGAUCAAGAAUGCUGACCACAAGGAGCUGAUGCGUGUGGCCUCGAUGCCCACCGAUGCCUUCUUCUUCUAUGUUGGUGACUUCAAGCUGCUGGGGACGCUGGUGCCGCUAAUGACACGCAGGGUGUGCACAAGCGUCGGGGGCACCCUGCGCCUCAUGGAUGGGCCGAGCCACAUCGGACCCUCCAACAUGGAGAUCCUGGAGCGGGGCCUUGACCAGCUGCGGAUCCGCUGGACGGCAGCCAGCGGCCCUGUCACCGGCUACCGGGUGCAGCGCGUGCCGCUGACGGGGCUGGGGCAGCCGAUCGUGGCAGAGAGGCAGGAGGUGAGCCUGGGGCCGCGGGAGACGAGCGCUGUGCUGCAGGGGCUGCGCGCAGGGACGGAGUACCUGGUCACGGUCACUGCCCAGUACGCCAACAGCAUCGGCGAGUCGGUGUCCGGCCGAGCACGCACCCAGAGCCGUGCUGGCUCCGUGCUGGAUUUCCGUGUGGUGGAGACUGGACCGACCUUCCUGCGGCUGGCCUGGCAGCCUGGCCCCGAGCCCCCCCAGGGCUACAGCCUCAGCUACACCGUGCAAGGGGCAGCCCAGGGGGAAGAGAAGAGCCUGGGGGCCAGCGCACAGUCGGCCACGCUGAGCAACCUGCGCCCCGACACCGAGUAUGUGGUGACGCUCCGAUCCCGCUACGCGCAGCAGCCCACCGUCCCCACCACCCUCACCGCCCGGACACGGGGGCCCCAACGCAGCCAGCAGCUCCCAGCCGCUGCCAGCUCCUAUGACCUGGGGGGGCUGGAGCCAGGCCGGCGCUACCACAUCAGCAUCACCAGCCUGGCUGGCAGCAGGGAGAGCGAGCCGGCCACCGUCACCGCCGUCACCGCUGCCCCAGGCCAUGUCACCAGCCUGCGGGUGACAGAUGUGCGGAGAGACUCGGUGACGCUCACCUGGACCCCCGUCCCCGGUGCCUCCAGCUACGUCCUCUCCUGGACCCCCCCCGCAGCUGGGGGGGAGACAGGGCAGACGCUGCCCGGCGCUGCCAGCUCCCAGCAGGUCUCCGGACUGCGCCUGGGGCAGCGCUACACCUUCACCCUCCGCCCAGUCCUGGGGAGCACGCCGGGUGCCGAGACCUCUGUCAGCGAGCGCACGGUCUGCAGGGAAGCCCGCGGUGACAUCAUCUUCCUCGUCCAUGGCACCCGCGACAGCUCCUCCAGCGCUGAUGCCGUCCGCACCCUCCUCUCCAACACCGUGUCUGCCUUGGGACGCCUGGGCCCCGAGGGCACCCAGGUGGCUCUGGCCACGUACAGCUACCGCAGCCUGCCCUGGCUGCUCCUCAACCGCUCCAGUGACUUGCCCGCCGUGCUGGAGCAGAUUCGCACCAUGCGCUACGAGGAGCCCAGCGGCAACGCCAUCGGGGCAGCCAUCACCUUCGCCAGGACCUACUUGCUGAGCCCCAGUGCGGGGCGCCGGCCCAGUGUGCCGGCGGUGCUGGUGGUCCUGGCCGACAGCCCCUCUGGGGACGAUGCCAUCGCCGCAGCCAGGGAUGUUAAGGCUGGGGGGAUCCAGGUGCUGGCGGUGGGCUUGGAGGGAGCGGACCGGGAGCAGCUCCGGCGUGUGGUCACCGGCGAGGACCCGCGGUACCUCUACCAUGACAGCGGCACCCUGGCAGAGCUGGAGGGGGAGCUCACCGACGACCUCUGCACCAUCAUCUCUACCAGGGGCGAAAAGGGGGACCGUGGAGAGACGGGCCGCCAUGGGCUGCCUGGCCCUCCAGGACCUGCUGGCCCGCGGGGUCUGCCAGGAGAGAGCAUCGAGCGGCCAGGCAAGAAGGGGGACAGGGGAUUACCUGGAGCUGACGGGACACCAGGAAGCCCUGGCCGCCCUGGGAACCCCGGAUCCCCUGGCCAGCCAGGUACCCAGGGCGUCCCUGGCCUCCGAGGGGAUCCUGGGCCACGGGGGCCGAUGGGGCUUUCUGGCCCGAAGGGGGAGAAAGGCGAGCCGGGAGAGCCCAGGGUGAUCGUGGAUGGAACACAGGGGCUGCCAGGCCGGAAAGGGGAGCCGGGCACACCGGGCAGCCCUGGCCCGCCUGGGAGCCCUGGUCCACGGGGACCAUUUGGUGAUCCAGGCCCCCCCGGUCCGCUUGGACCCAUGGGGCCACCAGGACCGCCGGGAGAGUUCGUGGGUACGUGCCCCCUGGGGGAGAAGGGUGACCGAGGGGAGAGGGGCCUGCCUGGGGACCCUGGGCCCCGGGGACCUGCUGGGCCCCCCGGCCUGAAGGGAGAGAAGGGUGACAGCAAAGAAGGUUUCCCAGGGCCGCCCGGCCGCCCCGGGGACCCAGGAGACCGGGGCCCUCGGGGACCGCCGGGAGAGCAGGGCAGGAAGGGAGACCGUGGGGCACCAGGCGAGCUGGGAGAGAUCGGCGAGAAGGGGGACCGCGGCGUGCCGGGCCCCGAGGGCGAGAAGGGCGAGGUGGGAGCCCCAGGGCGCCCAGGGCCAUCAGGCAGAGAGGGAGCUCCAGGACCGGCUGGCCCCCGGGGUGAGAAGGCUCCCAGUGUGCCCGGUGUUGGAGGAGAGAAGGGUGACAGAGGCUUCCCAGGACCAGAAGGACCUCCUGGCCCCAAGGGCGAUGCAGGAGAUAAAGGUGCCCGUGGUGCCCCUGGCUUGAGCAUCCCGGGGCCGGCUGGUCCCAAAGGCGAGCAGGGCGAUCGGGGCGACCCAGGGGAGCCAGGGGAGAAGGGAGAGCCGGGCCGAGCUGGUGCCCCGGGGCAGACCGGGCUGCGUGGCAAGGAGGGUGAAGCGGGUCUGCCUGGCAAACCCGGAGACAGGGGCCCCCGGGGCCUCCCUGGCUACCGCGGCCCCCCCGGGGAGAAGGGUGACUCAGGGGACCCAGGUCCUGAAGGCAGGAACGGCAGCCCCGGAGCACCAGGGAGCAAGGGUGACCGUGGGGAGCCGGGGCCUCCUGGACCCCCAGGACGAACCGUUGACGUGGGUCUUGGAGGAGUGGGGGAGAAGGGUGAGAAGGGGGACCCUGGGGAUCCUGGCGAGGAUGGCACGAAGGGAGCCCGCGGCGAUGCCGGCUCCCCCGGCCUGCCCGGAGAGAGGGGUGUGGAGGGUCCCCGCGGCCCCCCUGGUGCACGGGGUGACCCCGGGGACCGAGGCCUGCCAGGAGAGAAGGGGGACCGUGGCCCACCAGGUGUGGAUGGCCGCAACGGGCUGGAAGGCAAACCUGGGCCCCCGGGCCCCCCUGGGCUGCGGGGGGACCCAGGGAAGCAGGGGGACCCCGGCCGGGAUGGGCUGCCCGGGCUGCGUGGGGAGCAGGGACCGCCUGGCCCCGUGGGCCCCCUAGGACCACCCGGUGUCCCCGGCAAACCUGGUGAUGAUGGCAAACCUGGCCUCAGCGGAAAGAAUGGAGAAGACGGGACGCCAGGAGAGGAUGGGAGAAAGGGAGACAAAGGUGACGCAGGACCCCCUGGCAGAGAGGUGAGUACCUCCCUGCAGAGAAGCGUGGUGAUGGGGGGUGCUGGGUACAUGCCCCCACCGGGGACAGACCUGGGCACCCAGGUCGGCCCCCCUGGCCAGGUGCGUAGUCCUCAAGCCCACAGUGCCACCCAGCACCGGACCCUGGAGUCCGGGCUGCCAUGGGGCAGGGUCCACCGGGCCUCCGUGGAGUGGCUGGACCGAAGGGGGACCCUGGAGAGCCUGGACUGCGAGGGGAGCCUGUGCUGGGUUGGGACAUCAGCCCCAGGGGAUGGAGGACCCUCCACACGGUGGGAGCAGGCCAACACCCACUUUGUUUUUAAUGUCUUCUUAUUGCAGAACGUUGAACGUAGCCUGGAAGCACUUGGCAUCAAGAUUUCAUCUCUGAAGGAGCUCACGGGUGCCUAUGACGGGAGCUCGGACUCGUUUCUGCCACUGUCCGAGCGGCUGCGGGGCCAGAAGGGCAGCCGGGGGGAGCCGGGAGAGAGGGGGCCUCCGGGCCGAGAGGGCUCCUUAGGCUUCCCUGGCGAGCGAGGACCUAAAGGUGACAAGGGGGACCCGGGUGCUCCCGGCCCCCAGGGCCCCACGGGCCGGGCUGUUGGUGAGCGGGGUCCCGAGGGGCCUCCUGGGCAGCCGGGGGAGCCUGGCAAGCCGGGCAUCCCCGGGGUGCCGGGACGGGCCGGGGAGCUGGGGGAGGCCGGGCGGCCCGGCGAGAAGGGUGACCGGGGCGAGAAGGGCGACCGGGGCGAGCAGGGCAGGGACGGCUUGCCUGGCCCCCCAGGGCCCCCAGGGCCCAAGGUAGACGUGGAGGGCAGCCUGAUGGGCUUCCCUGGCGAGCGUGGCCCCGCUGGACCCAAGGGAGCAAAGGGCGAGCCAGGAGCCGAGGGCGAGCGGGGACCCAAAGGAGAUAAGGGUGAGGGUGGCCCGCGGGGCGAGCGAGGGGAGCCCGGCGAGAAGGGCAGGGACGGUGCCCCGGGUCUCCCGGGUGAGAGAGGGCUGGCUGGCCCCGAGGGGAAGCCGGGCCCGCAGGGCUUUAAGGGUCCUCCUGGCCCAGGCUUGCCAGGCUUCCCCGGCGUGCUGGGACGCCCGGGCAGUACCGGCCCACCAGGAGCCCAGGGCCCAGCUGGUACCAAGGGCCCCCCGGGUGUCCCUGGGCUGCCAGGACAAGUGGGGGAAAGCGGGAAGCCAGGCGUGCCGGGCAGGGAUGGCGUGCCGGGGAAGGACGGCGAGGCGGGGAUGCCUGGGAAGAUGGGCAUGCCUGGACCUUCGGGCCCUGCUGGUCCCAAGGGAGAGCCAGGGGAUGCUGGAGCCCCAGGGCAGGCCAUCGCUGGCCCUCCCGGUGCCAAAGGCGAGAAGGGUGAGCCGGCGCUGCUGGAGGGCGUGCUGCUGGGAGAACCUGGCUCCAAGGGCGACCGAGGCUUGCCCGGCCCCAAGGGUGAGAAGGGAGCCAAGGGGUCCGCUGGAGCCAAAGGGGAGAAGGGUGACGUCGGCUUGCCAGGACCACCAGGACCCCCAGGCUUAGCAGGCAUCGCUGGGACACCAGGACAGCCAGGCCUGAGAGGGGACAACGGGCAGCCUGGCCCACCGGGUCCCCCGGGGGAGAGGGGUUUGAUCGGCUUUCCUGGAAGAGACGGCACCUCUGGACCACCGGGACCUGCGGGGCCCCCAGGGCCAGCUGGAGAGCGUGGCCUGAAGGGCACAGAAGGGGACAAGGGAGACAAGGGGGAGCAAGGCAUGCCUGGAGAGAAGGGGGCGAGAGGCGAGCAAGGUGAGAAGGGCUCCACAGGCUUCCCCGGGGCACGUGGCCCCGGUGGGCAGAAGGGAGAGGUUGGAGCGUUGGGAGAGCCUGGCGAGCCGGGCCAGCCUGGCCGUGAUGGGAUCCCUGGAGCCCGGGGAGAGAAGGGCGAUAUGGGACCCCUGGGCAUGCGCGGCCCCAAGGGGGACCGGGGCAUGAAAGGCGCCUGCGGCCUCGAUGGGGACAAGGGCGAGAAGGGAGACCCGGGAAUCCCGGGGCGCUCGGGGCUGCCGGGGAGGAAAGGCGAACCGGGAGAGCUGGGUCUGUCAGGGCCACCAGGCAUCCCUGGGAAAGAGGGGCUCAUGGGACCCAAGGGUGACCGGGGAUUCGACGGGCAGCAGGGAGCCAAAGGAGACCAGGGCGAGAAAGGAGACCGGGGCGCCCCGGGCGUUAUCGGUGGCCCUGGUCCCCGGGGUAGUGACGGUGCUCCUGGCCCCCCCGGGCCCCCAGGAAACGUUGGUCCACGAGGUCCCGAGGGCAUGCAGGGCCAGAAGGGGGAGAGAGGCCCCCCUGGACAGUCGGUGCCAGGGGCCCGCGGCGUGCCCGGCAUCCCUGGCGAGAGAGGAGAGCAGGGCAGUCCUGGCACCCAGGGGCUCCGUGGGGAGAAAGGGGAACCGGGCAUGACGGAGGAGGAGAUCCGCACCUUCGUCAGGCAGGAGAUGAGCCAGCACUGCGCCUGCGGCGGCCACUUCCCACAGCGCCUGGAUUCACGGCAGGACAGGCGAGUCGUGCUUGACACUGAUGAUCUUGAGUACGAGAGCGUGUAUGGGGAGGAGGAGGACUACGAUGAGGUCCCCGAGAUGGACAGCUCGGAGCAGCCUGCGAUGGGCGCUGAGCCCUGCAGCCUGCCACUGGAUGAGGGGGACUGCCAGCACUACACGCUGCGGUGGUACUACAACCAAAGAGUCACCGAAUGCCGGCCCUUCGUCUACAGCGGCUGCCGGGGCAACCUCAACCGCUUCGACAGCAAGGAGGAGUGCGAGCUGCACUGUGGGCAGCACCCAGGGGCAGAUGCCCAUGGCGUUGCCAGCAGCAAGGCACUCCUGGCUGUGCUGCGCUGCAGGACGCUGCUCACCUUCCUGGUGGUCCUCGGGGUGCCGGCGAGAGCCUGGAAGGGGCCAAGCCAUGAGCAGCUCCCGCCAGCCCCUCAAGCUGGGGACGGAGGGAAGCUGACGAAGCAGGAAACCACCGGUGCUGCUAAUGAGACGCUGCCAGAUCUCCCUGAAAUGAGGAGGGGUGACCACGGAUCUGGGGAAGGGUCUCAUCCAGACAAAGCCAGCCCGCCACUGCUGGAGGGGUCAGCAAGAAAAGCAUUGCCCUGGCCGAUGAGCCCAGCUGCCAAGAGACCUGCUCCCAGGAAAAAGGCGAGAAAGGUGUCCCUGUCACUUGAUGUCCCCACCCAUGUACUGAAAAUCCUGCUCGACCUGGCCAGAGAGAAGGAGCUGCAGGCCAAGGCGGCUGCCAAUGCCGAGCUGAUGGCCCGUCUCGGGCGCAGGAAAUAA